AUGGCCGACCAACCCCCCGCAUUUCUUCUCGACCUCUUGAAGCACCAUGAAGAACCACCUCCGGCGGAACGACCUCAUGUAACACUGACCUUCGCCCAAUCCAUCGACGCGAAAAUCGCGGGUGCAGGUGGACGGCAGCUCAUCUUGAGCGGGAAAGAGAGCAUGGUGAUGACACACUGGAUGCGAACCAUGCACGAUGGCAUUCUCGUGGGCAUCGGGACAGCAUUGAACGAUGAUCCUCAGUUGAACGUCAGACAUCUUGCACCACCUAGCGGUUCUGGCCCUCACCACCUCCCAAGACCGAUUAUCAUCGACACACAUCUUGGCCUCUUACCGACAUGCAAGUUGCUUGCGAACUUCCAGAACGGAACAGGACGACGACCAUGGAUCGUCUGCUCCUCCAUCUCACCCGAAGUGGAAGAAGACAAGCAGCAACGGAAAGGAAUGCUAGAGGAGGCAGGUGCGAAGAUAAUUGAACUGCCCCUCUCUCCGCGGUCGUCUCCUCCAGGGUAUCUACCUGUUCCACUGAUCCUGAAAGCUCUUCGUGAUUUGGGAGUCUGCUCUCUGAUGGUCGAGGGUGGCGCACGGAUUAUCGCUUCAUUCCUUUCUGAGCCCGUCGUCGACGCUCUCAUCGUCACUAUCGCGCCGGUUCUCGUUGGAGAUGCAGGAGUGGGAUAUCAGUCGCCCACAUUCCUGUCGAAUAACGGAGAACUCAAAGCGAGAUUCAAGGACGUGCACACAGAGUCCUUCGGAAAGGAUACCGUAGUUGCCUUUGAGGCCUUGCCCUGA